AUGGAGAAAACCAUAGAUUUGGAACAAAGCCGGUCCAACAAUGAGGCGAAUAAAGGGGUCGCUUCAGAUUUCCUCCUCGUCCACAAGAUGUCCUGUUGUGGUGGUGGUUGUUGUGGUGGCUGCUGUGGCGGCAGCUAUGGUGGCGGCUAUGGCGGCGGCCAUGGUGGUGCCGGUGGAGGUGGUGGAUCCUUUGUUGGCUACACCUUAGGCAGAGAUAUCCACGUCACCCCUGGCGAGUGCUACAUGAUCACCCCUGGACCAUACCUGAGAGACUGCUGUGGGGUCUCAGUGUGUUGCCAUUGUGUGUGCGUUCCUGACUGCUGUCCUUGCGGCUCUGGAGGCUACGGUGGCUACGGAGGCUAUGGCGGAGGCUGUGGCGGUGGAGGCCUGGAGGUCGACAUCAUUGGCGAAAGCCGCAACAUUACCAUGCCAGCUACCUACCUCUGCAGCAGAGUUCAUUGUGCCGAGUCCUGCUGCACGUGCUGCGAGCCAUGCUGCUAUUUCCUUCACUUCCUCAAGAUGGCCUGUUGUGGCUCUGGUUGUUGUGGUGACUGUUGUGGUGGCGGCUAUGGAGGCUACGGCGGCUACGGUGGAGGCUACGGAGGAGAUGGCGGUGGAGUGCUGGCUGCCGUUGGCGUUAACAAAAACGUCCACGUCCGAGAUCAUGGUUGCACCAUGGUCUUCCCCACUCCUUACAUUACGAACAACGGCGAUUUCCGAAUGUGCUGCCGCGAAGUGUGUGCCCACGAAUGUUGCAAACCCUGCUGCGGUGGUGGUGGCUAUGGGGGCUACGGAGGCGGAGAUGGGGGCUAUGGAGGCCAAGGCCCUGGCCUGAGAGUUGACAUGCGUCAAGCCGGCUCGACCGUCCAUGUGCCAGGCUCGUACCUGUUCAGCUGUUACCCAUGUGCUAGUUCAUGCACUGAAUGCUGCGACCCAUGCUGUUGUGGGUCAUGCUGUGGGCCAUGCUAA